GUGUUAUUUUUGCACCUUAUGGCCUUGUCUGGAAGCAACAGAGGAAAUUCUGUCUUUCAACACUGCGUUAUUUUGGAGUGGGAAGACACAGCUUAGAACCUAAAAUCAUUGAGGAGCUGAAGUUCAUUAAGGAAGAAAUGCUGAAGCAUGGAAAGGAUUCAUUUAAUCCCUUUCCGAUCAUUCGCAACGCCGUGUCCAAUGUUAUCUGUUCCAUGGCCUUUGGCAGGCGUUUUAACUAUGAAGAUGUUGAGUUCAAGACAAUGCUGAAGAACAUGGCCCGCGCACUAGAGCUAAGCGUGAACAGCUAUAUGAUCUUGGUCAAUAUCUGCCCUUGGCUGUACUACCUUCCCUUUGGGCCUUUCUGGGAACUCAGGAAAACAGAAUUAGAUAUUACUGCUUUUCUAAAACAAAUAAUUGCACAGCACAGGGAUACACUGGAUGCAGCAAAUCCCAGGGACUUCAUUGAUAUGUACUUUAUCCAUGCGGAAGAAGAAAAGAACAACAAGGAGAGCAGUUUUAAUGAAGACUACCUAUUUUUUAUCAUUGGUGACCUCUUCAUUGCAGGCACAGACACUACUUCCAACACGUUGCUGUGGUGCCUGCUGUACAUGUCUCUCUACCCUGAAGUACAAGAGAAGGUUCAUGCAGAAAUUGAAGCAGUUCUAGGACGUGACAAAGUUCCCUCUCUUACCCACAAGGCUCAAAUGCCCUUCACAGAGGCAACCAUUAUGGAAGUGCAGAGGAUGACUGCAGUUGUUCCCCUUUCUGUUCCUCGAAUGGCCUCAGAAACUGCUGUGCUGCAGGGCUAUACUAUUCCUAAGGGCAGUGUGAUCGUGCCCAACUUGUGGUCAGUACACAGAGAUCCUAACAUUUGGGAGAAACCAGAUGAAUUUCAACCAUCAAGAUUUCUGGAUGAAAAUGGCCAGCUCAUUAAGAAAGAGGCAUUUAUUCCUUUUGGAAUGGGUAAACGUGUGUGCAUGGGAGAGCAGUUGGCAAAAAUGGAGCUGUUUUUGAUUUUUACAAGUCUAAUGCAAAGUUUUACCUUUUCGUACCCUGAAAAUGCUGCAAAACCAUCUAUGGAGGGAAGAUUUGGUCUAACUUUAGCUCCAUGUCCAUUCAAUAUAAUAGCUUUGAAGAAAUGAUAUAACAUCAAAAAAGAUUAAACAAAGAAAUACUGCACUUUUAAAAUCCAGGUUUAUUUUGUUUCCAGCUUAUUUUGUUACUUUCUUUCCAGAAAAAUGCUAACUGCAUAGGCUUUCAUAGUCAGUGAGAAUGAUCCAUUUACACUUCUGGAAAGAGAAGAUUUUUUUUUUUUGUGUGUGUGUCAGCUGUUGCAUUCCACAAAUGAACUGACAGCAUAGUUUGCAAUUUCUUAUUAAAACUUGCUGAGCUUAACCCCUCUGCCUGUAAGCUAUUACUGUCAGUUUGUCGAAUGUUAAUUAUGGGAGAAUGG